AUGAAAAAUAAUAAAGGAAGUAGAAGCAUUUCAUCAUCAGAUUCAAGUUAUCAAAAACAAUGUGAUAAUUAUUUCAAUUAGGGGUAGAUAAAGAGUUUUUAAUAAAAGAAGGUAUAUAAUAUUGAAAUGAACUUGAAAGAAGCUUAAAGUUUAGAAGAUUAAGUAUGUGAAAAUAAAGUAGAUGCUAUGGAAUAAGAAUAGAUUGAUAUAGAUGCUAAGAAAGAAGAAUAUAAAAAUAGCAUUAAACUAAAUAUUUUUGCAAGAUAGCAUAAUAUAUAAUUAGAUGAAUAAAGUUAAAUUAUGCCAGUAGUUAUAUAACUUUAGUCUAUAAAAGAAUAAAAAACAUUUAAUAGAGCAAACAUAGAUCUUAUUUGUGUAGUUGAUGUAAGUGGUUCAAUGGAAGGUGAGAAAAUAAAAUUAGUACAAAAUUCAUUGAGAUAUAUAUAAAAAAUCCUAAAGCCUGAAGAUAGAAUUGCAUUAGUUUCAUUUGCAAGUUCAGCUUAUGUAAAUUUAGCUUGGACUAGAAAUCUUCCUGAAAAUAAAAAAAAAAUAAAGAAAGCAAUAAAAAGUAUGAAAAUAAGAGAUUCUACAAAAAUUGCUGAUGGCUUUGAUUUAGGAGUAAGAAUGAUUAGAGAUAGAAAAUAUAAAAAUUAAAUAACUAACAUGUUUAUUUUGAGUGAUGGUGUUGAUGAUGAUAAAGGUGCAGAUUAAAGAUGUAAAUAAGUUAUAUAUAGUUCUAAAAUAAAAGAUCCAUUUACUAUUAAUACUUUUGGAUAUGGAAAUGAUCAUGAUCCAAAAGUAUUAAAUCAUAUUUCAAACCUUAAAGGAGGUUAAUUUUUUUAUAUUGAUAAUAUUUAAACAUUAUCAGAACGUUUUAUCUUAGCUAUGAGUGGUAUGUUAUCAAUAAAAGCAUAGAAUGCAAUGUUAAAUAUCAAAUAGCUCAAUUAGAAUUUUAAAAUAUUCAAGAUUUUUGGAGAUGAUUAUUUUUGGUAAAAAAUUAAUGAUUCAGAAUAUUAAUUAAAUCUAAAUUAUAUUAUUGAAGAAGAUAAUAAAGAACUUGCUUUAGAAAUAGAAAUACCUAGCUAAAAUUAAUUUGAUAUAUAAUAAGUUGAUGUAUUAUAAGUUGAAUUAUAAGGAUUAUUAAUUGAAAUAAAUACAGAAUUUUUAAAAUAGUCUUAAUUAACAUUAUAAUUAAGUAAAUAAUAAGUUUCAGCAGAACCAAAUGAGUUAGUAGAAGUUAAUUAUUUAAGAGCAAAAGCUGGAGAUAUUAUUGGAUAAGCAAAAGAAUUAGCUAAUUACAGAAAAUUUGAUUAAGCUUAACAAUUAUUAAAUAAAAUGAUUGAUCAAAUUGAAGAAUCCUUUUUUAAGAAUAAUAAUUAAUUACUUCUUGUUGUUAAAGAUUUAACCAAAAUAAAAGCUAUUUGUCAACCAUAAAAAUAUUAAAAAGGUGGAGAAGCAUUGAUGUUACAUAAAUAAAAAAAACACAUUAAACGAUAAAGAUCAAUAAGUAUAAUUUUUUAUAUUAUUUAAUUAGGUAAUUCUGAAGAAUGGUGUUCAUAAGAAAAAUUCUAAAUGAAAUAAUUUAGAAAUGGAGAUUUAGAAUUAAGUUAAAGUAAUGAUUCAGAUUCAUUAAGCUUCUCGUCAAAAAGCAAAAGUUAAUCAAUAAGUUCUGCUUCUUAAUCUCCAUAAAGAAGUCAUAAAAAUCAUAAUAAAUUAAGAAAAAGAAAUAGAAAUAGAAGUAGAAGUUCUGAUUCAGGAUCUUAAAGAAGAAUUUAAUAAAAUAGAAAUAGAAGUUCUGAUUCAGGAUCUUAAAGAAGAAUUAAAUAAAAUAGAAAUAGAAGUUCUGAUUCAGGAUCUUUAAGAAGAAUUUAAUAGAAUAGAAAUAGAAGUUCUGAUUCAGGAUCUUAAAGAAGAAUUUAAUAAAAUAGAAAUAAGCAUUCUAAAUCUAGAUUUAACUAUAGAAGAUCUAAAUUUUCGAGAUCUAAUUCAAAUUCUAAAAAAUUUAAAAGGAAUAGAUCAAGGAGUUGA